CGUGCAGGAUAGAGCGGGCGCUGACCGUCGGCUGUGGCAGCGUUACGUACUGCUGAUGGCGCGUGCGGCUCUGCUGUGUCUGCUGCUGGUUGCAGCUUCGCUGCCUUCCUCACAAGGACUCAUCUGUUACUCGUGCGUGUACUCCGCGGGAGACAAAAGCAAGGCGUGUGUGGACAACCCAGACAUGGUCACGUCGGGCAGUCCCAAGGUCACCUGCAAGACCGAGCAGAAGUACUGCACCAUCCAGCGGCAGGAGAUCCGCUCCACCGGUGAAGUGAACUCGUUCUUCCGCGGCUGCGCGGAGGAGCCCAGCUUGAAGGACACGGUAGUAGAGGACGACUCGUUCAAGACGUACUUCCGCUCCUGCCAAACCAACCUGUGCAACGACGGGGACGGCGUCAGCUCACUCGGCGGCGGCGGCGCUAUUCGCGACCCGGGUGCGCAGGGCUCGCUCAUCGUGCUCGGCAUAGGCAGCGGCGCAUGCGCAGUUGCGCCGGCCUACGGUCGCUGGGUGGCGUUGGCGGCGGCGGUAAUGGCGGCGGUCGCCGGCCGGGCACUCGCCGCCUAGCCAGAUGGGCCGCAAGUAGGUCUUGCCGCCUAACGCGUGCAGCUGCAGCAGCGCCACGAAGCGAGCACUGGCGGCGGCUGCGGCUGGAAACCACCUCGCCGACUAGCGAGAGUAGGGACAUGCCGAGUUGCCAGAUCAUGGACGCUGAGUUCGAUUUCAUCGUCGAUAUUGAAACAUCGAUAGCUAAUAAUAACCUCUGUGUUUUUAAUAUGAAUGUAAAAUGACGAACAUACAGAACAGCGUAAAGAGCAACAUGACAAUACGUGUAAUAUUAUAUUCAUUAAUCUACAAAUACAGCAAAAAUUAACGUUAAAUAUCCCACAAGUUAUUGUCUACAGACAGUACUGCUUUUUUGUUACCUGUUUGUUAUACCAGUGAUGAUCGAGGUGCAAACUGAUUCUCAUUGCUGAUUCUACAUUUAACUUACCACAGAAUUCCCCCCCUUUAUUGUAGUGAACUUCGCAAAAAAGAAAGUGCUAUGAAAUUGAAAGAUAAUAAAGUAUUAAGAACCGCUGACAUUGUUCAGCUGCAAAUACGACUUUUGUACACUAGUGUAUCACUUUGUAAUCAUCUUUAAUGUUGACAUAAACUGUGUAAAAAUAAAAGAGUUUCAAAGUAACAAAUAGAAAAAGUAAAGUUAUUCGAGAACUAAUAAAAAGAAACAUCUGCAGAGCCUUAA